UCCUUAACCUGCUGUGCUACAGCAGGAACUCCCCAACAUCUAUUUUUGAAUUCCCAAAGACAGGAGUUGCUGAAGCUGUUAUUUAGUAUUUAAGGAGUUGUUUUGGUUGAAGGUGCGUGCCUUGAUAGGUAGAUGUGUGCCUUUUAAGUAAGACUGCUCUUUAACGAAGGCUUUUGGAAGGAUGGCAUUAUUAUUGUUGUUGGUUGACUUACAUAAUCUUAUAGCUGAUUAAUGGCAAAGCCACAUCUAGACUUCAAGACUUCCAACACCCUCAUAGAGAUUGUUUAACUAAAUCGUGCUCGCCACCCGGAUGGAAUCUUAUUGCGAACUUUUGUCAUUACUAAUGCUAUUACAUAAAUAUCUUCCAUUUUAAUCUACAUUUAUAUAGAACAUUAGCUAAAAAACAUCAGGAUCCAUUUCAAAUGUCUAGAAAGGCCUUAGAGCAGGACUGCCAUCCCUUCCAGCCUCCACAAUAUUAUGAAAGGGGUCAUUAAGAGACUUCUGGAUAUUCGUGGCUCCACAAAAUCAUGACAAAAAGUCAUGAGGAGCUUUCUAGGUGUUGAGCCAGGAUUCUGAGACUGUGCAGGAAGGGACACACUCCUUGUUGUAGGGAUAAUUUUACAGAGUCAAGGAAAGCAUGAUGGGCUAACAGUACAUUAGAGGAAGAUGGCAAUUAUAUGUCACUUUUUACUUAAUAGACUUUUAUUUUUUUUAUUUUACUAAAUAGACUUCUUACUUUUCCCUGAGGAGCAGGGAGGGAGUAUUUUCUGAAACAGUUUCUGACAGAAAAUGACUAUGAACUAGUCUCUGGAAAGGCUGGACAUCUGAGUCCUUCGAACCCUGCCUCCUCACCUGCCCUCACACUACAUGUGUGUGUUAUUGAUGCCCAGAGUUGGGAAAGGAAGAACAGAUGGGCACAAAAGGUCAUGCCCUGGGCACAGAUCACGGUAGCAUUCUUUACUUGCAUGGUUUUUUAAAGUCUUUUAAAGUUGCUCAUUAAUUUUUUUAAAGUUCUGUUGGAGUAUGCUUCUUUCUUCCUGUCGGUCUGAGACCUCACCUCUUCUGUGUUUUAUAACCAGGGGCCAGGUAAAUUGCCACACACAGGACGGAAUAGACGUUUGCAGGUACUGGCAAAACAGAUUAGAUGUCCACCUGUCAGGAAAUCUUCUCAGUGAAAUCUUCCUGGAAAAUAAUUACCUUGCUCUGUGGAUAAUUUCUAGAACGCUCACCUUUUUCUGAGAUAGAAAUCCUCUAGGUGGUCAGGCACUGUAAACCCUGGUAAAUGUUUAUGAAAAUUCCUGUCGUUUGUAGGACAUUAUCUAAUGCAAAAGUCCAUUUUGAGGCAAUGUCAGUAGCUCGUCGGAAAAAGUCAGUUAUUAAGCAGGCAAUCCCAUUGGCUUACUAAUUUUCUGGAAAGCAUAUGAAACAAUAAACCUUAAUAUAGUUUAUGCAUAAAUCAUUUGUGCUUAAUGGAUCCGCAUUUUCACUCAUGUUUUAUUCAAACCCUUUGCCUAAGCUGCAGUUAGGUAACUAAUUGCACAUUGGUCGGAAAGUUGAAAACAUAAGAAGCAACUGAGCAAGAUGAGGUCAUUAUUUUCCUCCAGCACCAGAUGGGUACCACAGGUGGGUACCAUAACACUGGAUCUCUUCCAUAUGAUGCAGAAAGAAAAUUAGAGAUUAAUGUUGUUUAAGCUUUAAAAUAUUUUAUUAUAAACGUUUUUGUUAAAUACUGAGUUACUGUAAAAUGAAAUACUUGACAACAUGCUGUUUUUGUGUAACAGUCAAGUUAAAAAUUUUAAUUCUAAAAUAGAAAAUAAUAUAAAAAUUAAACAGCAUCGAAGAGAAAAGAAAGCAAUUUUUUUUUUCUUCACUAUAAGUUGCUGUGAACUGUGAUGGUAUAAUGAAACAUUUUGGUAGGGAGCUUAUGGAAUUAUUCUCCAUACUUUGAUAUCUAAGAAGAGAUCACUUAAUAUAUUACUCUGCCUUAAUGUAUUAAAUCUUUUUAUGUGUCACCUUUAUAAUUUUCAGUGAAAAGUAUCAUAGUAUAUUGGCAUUUACGUAUGCUAGAGAUGAACACUCUUGGCUAGGAAAGAAAAGUCUCAGACACAAAGACUGAGCCUCCCUGGGGGUCUGGGCAUGCAAGCAGCAUAUCUGCAGGGGAAAAAUAUGUUUUCAUUUCAGGGAGUUUCGCUGUGGACCUGAAUGAUAUAUGGAGAUUGCCGAUUCAGUGAUCCAAAUCAGUGAUGAAGGCUGGCAGUAGCAAACCACACGGAUUAGUCUUUACACCUCUCAUCAUACUUGGCAGCAGGCACACUCCCUCUGUCUUAGUUACCUGAAGCUUAGAGAAGCAUAGUCUGGAGCUAUAACGAAAGGGGCAAAAUACUUUUAAAGUCUUUCUAUAUGGCAGACACUAUGCUAGAUUGCUUUAACCCUUAGCUUAUUUAAUCCUUGCCACAGCACUUAGAAUAAGAUUUUUGUUCUCACUUUACAGGUGAUGGAACUAAAACUCAGAAAGAUUAAGUAACCUCUGCAAGGUCGCAAAGAUAAUAGGUGGUGGAUCUAGAAUUAAAACCUGCCUGCCUGAUUUAUCCAAGGACGGCCUCUGCUGAGCCAGGUAUACUUCUUACUAGCUAAGCAACACAAUGGAAAACACAGCAAAAGCAAAUAAAAAGGAUAUCCAAGAUGGGCCACCAAAAGAAGUCAAACUGCCUACCAGUGAAGCACUUCUAGAUUAUCACUGUCAGAUAAAGGAAAAUGCAGUAGAACGAUUCAUGGUUCAAAUAAAGAAACUUAGGGAAAAGAACCAAAAGUAUCAAGAAAGAAAUAAACGCUUAAAGGAUGAACAGACUUGGCACAUACGGAACCUGCUAAAGGAACUGAGUGAAGACAAGUCAGAGGGAUCAACAGUUGUAACAAGGGAGGAAGUUGAAAGAGCAAUGAAGGAAAAAUGGAAAUUCGAAAGAGACCAGGAACAAAACUUAAAAGAUAUGCACAUCCAGAUAAAUAAUGCUGAGAAACUAUUUCUUGAGAAACUCAGUGAGAAGGAAUAUUGGGAACAGUACAAGAAUGUAGGGAGUGAACAGCAGGCUAAACUCAUUAUCGCCUUGCAAAACGACAUCAAUAGAGUUAAAGAGAAUGCUGAGAAAAUGUCAGAACAGUAUGACAUCAACCUAGAAGAUGUUAGAAAGAGAAUCAUCAGAGAAACUCUGUUGCAACUGGACCAAAAGAAGGAAUGGGCCACAGAGAAUGCUUUAAGGUUCAUUGACAAGGGCAGCUAUCGAGAGAUCUGGGAAAAUGACUGGCUCAAAAAAGAGAUUGCAACUCACAGGAAAGAAGUGGAAGAACUAGAACAUGCUAUUCAUGAACUGGAAGGAGAAAAUUUGGUGCUUAUUGAUCAGCUAUUCAACUGUAGACUUGUGGAUCUCAAAAUACCCAGGCGACUAUACCUUACCCAAGCUGUUGGACAGGAAGUGCCACCUGAAGAAAUGCCUUUGGAGUUGCCAGAAACAUCUAUAGAAAAGUCACAGUUGCAGCCUGUAGAAGUAAAAAGUAGAGAUCUAAUAAGCUUAUCACUUGGGAGCAGUUCUUUACCUCUCGGUCAUGAGGACAGCAGCAGGUAUAGCGAGCAGCUGAAGACAGAUGAAGAAGAGAGCUCAAGUAUAGCGUUUGGAGCCUCUGAUAUCAAAUACUUACUGUAUGAGGAUGAGCAGGAUUUCAAGGAUUAUGUAAACCUGGGCCCUCUGGAAGUGAAGCUCAUGACUGUGGAGAGCAAGAAAAAGCCCAUCCAUUUCCAAGAAAAGGAAAUUCCAGUCAAAUUCUAUGAAGAUGUCAGGAGCCCAGAAAGCCACAUCACAUAUAAAAUGAUGAAGUCUUUUCUCUAAGACGGAAAGCUGCAAAGUAAAAACAACUUCCUAUGCAUUUUCUUUGGGAACUGAGGUAUAUCAGUUGCCCAUUUUAUUUACGCUUUGGUCCAUUUUUAAAGCAACUGUUAUUUCUAAAGAUCCUAAUUACAUUUAAAGUCCUAGUUCUGAGUAUUCAGCUGCUCAUUUACCUGUGUGGCAUGAGAGACGAGAAUGAAAGUACCCUAUAUAUUUCCAUAUUCAAGUAUUUGGGAGCAUGACAGUGGGUCAAAAUGGUCUCUGAGGUUGCUUAUCACUUAAAAAUUUAUAGACUAAUAUAGGAUUCCAAUGUGAAAGAGUUCACUUAGAAAUUUUCUGAGAAAAAUUUAGAGGUUUGCGUUGUAUUGACUACACGUCCUUCCCCUGAGUGUGCUGAAUGAUGGACAGCCAGUCCACAAUUCAAGUCUACUCUUCUUUAAAUUAAUUCUAUUUUUAAUUCUAUUAAUUCUAUUUUUUUUUACAAGAAACACCUUUUAAAUAUAAGGCCAAAAAUAGACUGAAAGAAAAUUUACCACACAAACAUUAACCAAAAGGAAGGUGGUGUGACUAAACUAUUAGAAAAAGUAGAGUUUGAGGUAUGAAGGGUUAAGAAAAGUAAAGAGAAAAUGAAGCAAAAUAUGUCAUAAUACUAAGCACAUUAAUUCAUCUGGAUAAAAAUUCUAAGUAAUAAUAUAAUCUCAAAAUACAUAAACAAAAUUAACCAAACUAAAAAGCAAUAGGGUAAACCUUAUGUAUAUUUUACCACAAUAUAAAAUGAAAAAAGACAUAAACAAAUUCACAGACUUGAAGAUCUUACCAUGUCUCUCUCAAUGACUGAUAGACCCAUCCUUGGAAAAAAAAAAAAAGAAAGAAAAAAGUUAUUAAGGAUAUAAAAAGUUGAACAACUGUAGAAUACACAUACUUUUCAAGUGUACAUAAAAUACUUACAAAAAUAGACUGUAGCUGGGCCAUAAAGUAAGUGGCAACAAAUAUUCAAAAGGUUGAAAAUCAUGGAACACGUGAUUCUCUGACCACAGUAAAAAAUAACUAAAAACAAUACCAACCAACCAACCAAACAAACAAAAAAGCCCUUUCAAGUACACAAGAUACUUUUGAAAAACCAAUGGGUAAAAAAAGAAUCAUAAGGAAAACGUACUUUGAAUUAUAACGAAAAAUAGGGUGUUAAAACCUGUGGGAUCCAGCUAAUGUAACUUUAAGGGAAAUUUAUAACUUUAAGUUCAUGCAUUAAAAAGAAAGGUUGAAAAUUCAAUCAUCUAAGCUUUUAUCUCAAGAAUCUAGAAAAACAGCAAAAAUAAACCUAAAGAAAUUAGAAGAAAGGAAAUGAGUAGAAAUUAAUAGAAAGUUGACAUGUAGGAGUUCUCAUUGUGGCGCAGUGGUUAACGAAUCCGACUAGGAACCAUGAGGUUGCAGGUUCAAUCCUUGGCCUUGCUUAGUGGGUUAAGGAUCCGGCGUUGCUGUGAGCUGUGGUGUAGG